CAGUCAUCGUUUUUCUAUCUUCACAACCUUCCCCGACGGAAGUUCAAUUUUAUCAUGGGUUCCCACCAACUCUCUGGCGCUGCGAGUCUCGGGAUAAAUAUUGCCAGCCGAGGACAAAUGCUCCUGCUAUCGGCCGUGACAGCUCUAGAUGGAGUCUUCUCCAAAAGAAACCCCACAGCGUUUACAAGCGUCGCUAUCCACGUUUGACCAGAACCAACUAGCCAAAUUCCAGGACAAGAAUAACUAAAAUGGCGCGGAAAGCAAUUCCAGACUUAGUAUUUCUAUCCUUCCCCAUUAAUAACUUUUUUCAUAUAUCAUUCAGGCAUUGCUUUGCUGGGUCCCCUGUUCUGGCGCUCUCACAUCCUUGCUUUAUGAAGAAUACAUCCAUGGAUAUCUUCAAUAAACAACUUCGAUUUCUUUAAAUAUUUAUUUACUCUUCCUUGGUGAGCCAUACCCCGAUAUCCCGAGGUUCAAGUACUCUCGGUUGGGCCGACGGCUAUGGGAGAGCUUUCUUGCAACAAAAUUGGUGCUGCCCUUCCAACGACAUGUUCUUCAUCAUCUGGAGGUAUUGAGGUGAAAGAGGAACCUCAGAAGAAUAACAUAUUGUCAUUUGACAAUGCCGAGCUCAUUUAUGAUCGCGGCUGGAAAGCAUGGUCACAAGUGCUCGCUGCUUUCUUCCUCUUCUUUAACAGCUGGGGAAUUGUACUUACAUAUGGCAGUUUCCAAACUUACUAUGAACAACACCUACUUGCGGAUGAGUCGCCAUCGACAAUAGCAUGGAUCGGCUCGAUACAGUCGUUCCUCCUGUUAUUCGUCGGUGCCAUCACGGGCCCUCUGUUUGACGCUGGCUACUCCCGAUAUCUGCUGAUAGUCGGCUGGGCUCUUUAUUCGUUUGGGCUAAUGAUGACCAGCAUAUCUACCACAUUUUGGCAGAUCAUGCUUUCGCAAGCCUUCUGUGUCGGCCUAGGGUCUGGAGCCGUGUUUGUUCCCAGUGUGGCCAUUAUUCCGCAGUACUUCAAACGUCGACGAGCACUGGCAAACGGAGUAGCAGCUACGGGUACGGCCCUGGGCGGCGUGGUCUAUCCGAUAAUGUUCAGCCAGCUCCAAUUGAAAAUCGGCUUCGCGUGGGCGACUCGGGUGUUAGGCUUUACCGCAUGCGCAACGGGUUUGAUAGCACUGUCUUUGCUCCAUGUACGGUUCAAGCCACAGGAGAAGCGUGCGCUUGUUCAACUCUCGGCAUUCAAGGAUCCAGUGUUCACCCUCUUCUGCAUUGCACAGUUCAUCGGUUUCAUCGGUCUCUAUAACGUGGUCGUCCAUAUACAACCCUACGUUAUCGAAAACGGCAUAAUGAGCGAACACCUUGCCUUCUACCUCGUUUCCAUGCUCAACGCCAGCUCCAUAAUCGGGCGUAUUUUCCCUAAUUUCAUGGCCGAUUACAUUGGUCCCAUAAAUAUCAUGAUCCCCAUGACCCUCCUCUCCGGUAUCCUGGCUAUUUCGUGGAUCAGGAUACACACCACAGCAGGGGUAAUCGCCCUAGUAGUCCUCUACGGAUUUACUGCGGGCGGUUUCACAUCCGUGGGGCCUGUUGUGUUUAUGAACAUCACGCCUGAUAUGCGAGAUUUUGGCACCCGCUUGGGAAUGUCGUUUGUUUUGUGUUCUCUGGGGUCGUUAGUGGGGACACCUAUUGGUGGCGCUGUCGUUCAUGGCACUGGGAGCUAUGUGGGUGUGGCAGUGCUGGUGGGCGUCUGCUUUGUUGUCGCCGCUGGGGUCAUGAUGGUGGCUCGACUCUUGUCAACUGGGCCAAAGCUUUUCGCAUCUGCAUGAUGGGAUGGUAGUUACAGGUUUGUAAAGUUCAAAUUGGAGUGUUCGUGACUGAUUACUUCCAAUGCAGCAAUUCGCAAAAUACGCAUUUCCUUUUUUACAUCAGCAUUGGACUGGGGUCUGGGUGUUGAGAAUAUUUUAUCUGGGUUGGUCAUUGGCAUCUUCGCACAUAUUAUACGAUUUGGCUGUACAUACCUCACUCAUAGCGCCUUUCUGCAUGUCUUUUCACGUUUCCUCUGCAUAUACGUUGAGUUUAUAUGGCUUUAUCGCUGCAAAUAUAAUCCUAUUCUCUUGACACAGAGCGACGUCUCAUCAAACCCCUUGUCUUCAUUUUUCUGUUAAGGCCUUUAAAUACCAGCAUAUAGGUGGCCAUACGCGAGGCAUUAUUCGUCUGGGCAAAGGAGGAGUUGUAAAAUGGUUUAGUGCAUGUAAACUCCAGGUAACUAGCUUCAUAAAGUUGUAAACUCCCUCCUCCCUAACAAAAUCAACUCUAGCUCACUUCCAAGAAAGAUCACAGUGAUAAGUAACCACACACUCAAUAA